GAACUAAUUAGUACAAUGCUUGUGUUUACACUUUUACUCAUUGGAGUUCACAAGUAUGAGAGAUUCACAAAGUAAACUUUGUAACUUUGUGAAUUCACACCUCCCUUAAAAGCUCUUAGGGCCAGAGAGCACUAUGGGAGAAAACCCAUAAUCCCAUUCUCUCAGAAGAUAUAAGGCCAGUGAAGAGAGAUCUAUUCCAGAAUAUAUUUUCCAUUUGGUGGCAGAAGAGAGUUCAGCUUGAUUGGAGAGGAGCACUCUGGUGCAGACACAGAGCACUUUGAGAGAUUUCAGCGGAAUUACUCCAGAAGCCCUCUCUCCGAGGCAAGAAAGAAUAUUUUCCACUUGCCUGACUGGUGGCAGAAGAAAGAGUUUUCAGAGGAAGAAGCUACGAGUCGAGAGUUCAGCGGACAACCAGAUUCAUCUUCAUCUCACACCACUGUGGUUGGUGUCUGGGCUCCUGCACGCCCCCCACUGAGACCAACCUGAUCUGAAAGACCUAUCAGAAAGCUAGCCGAACCCCAAGUGAAGGAGACAAGAGAUUCAUUCCAUCUUUGUGCUGGCUGGAGGCUGAAGAAAGCAGAGGCAGAGGCUGAAGGACAAAACUUUUGGAUUUGGAGACAUUUGGAGGGCUCUAAGCUAAACCGGCUGUGUUUUGAGAAGAACAAGAACUCCAACAUUUUGGCGCCCUGAACGUGGGACUAACAGACCCCUCAGUGGAUUUCAAUGGAAAAGCUACAAUCCUGAUUCAAGUGGAAAAGCCUCUGAUCCUGAUCCAGUGGAAAAGACUCUUCAGCCCAGAAAUUAGAUACCAAAUAAUAAAUAUGUCAACUGAUGUACUUCCAACACCUCCUGAGUCAGAUUGUGUGAAAACAAAACUGGACUCGAGUAAGGAUCAAACUGAACUACUGAAGCCAAGUUUUGACAAAGGAGAAGCUCCUGAGCAGAUGUCCAAGCGACAGAUGAAGAAACUAAUGAGGCAAAAACAAUGGGAAGACCAAAGAGAACUCCGCAAGCAAAAACGCAAGGAAAGACGCCAGAGAAGAAAAUUGGAACGCCAAUCUCACCUGGAAUCAAACUCAGAUGGCCAUGAUAGAAAACGUUUUCGAAGUGAAGCUGUUCCCAGUCCACUCCGUCUUAUUGUUGACUGCAGUUUUGACAAUUUGAUGGUUUCAAAGGAUAUUAAAAAGCUUCAUAAACAGAUUCAGAGGUGUUAUGCAGAAAAUCGCCGAGCAUCACAUCCUGUGCAGUAUUAUUUGACCAGUCAUGGAGGUCAGCUGAAAAAGAUCAUGGAUGAAAAUGACAAAGGAUGGGUCAACUGGAAGGAUAUUCAUAUCAAACCAGAGCACUACAGUGAACUUAUGAAGAAAGAGGACCUGAUCUAUCUUACGUCAGAUUCACCUAAUAUACUGAAGGAACUAGAUGAGUCCAAGGCCUAUGUGAUUGGAGGACUGGUUGAUCACAAUCAUCAUAAGGGUAUCACAUAUAGACAAGCAUCAGAGCAUGGAAUUCAUCAUGCACAGCUUCCACUUGGGGAUUUUGUGAAAAUGAAUAGUCGAAAAGUUUUAGCUGUUAAUCAUGUUUUUGAGAUCGUAUUAGAAUACCUCGAGACAAGAGACUGGCAGGAAGCAUUUUUUAGCAUCCUUCCUCAGCGGAAAGGUGCUGUCCCCGCAGACAAAGUCUGUGAAAACUCUUCACAUGAACAUGCCAGCAACAGGGCUAAGGAUGAGGAGGAGAGCGACUCUAGUGCAGAAGAAAACACUGAAAAUGUGCUGGACCCACCGCAAAAAGGAGAGGGGCCAGACAGAAUGGACAGCACAUAAUCUCAGCAGUGAUGUCUGCAGAGAGAGCAGCAGAGGUGCCCCCAACUUCUGGCAUAGGAAACAAAAUCUACAUCCCUAUUAUGCUCGUUAUUUAGUUAUUAGUUAUUCUAAAUUGAAGAGUCCUUUGAAUACUAACUGAACAAAGACAAUUUUUUCAUUUCUUCUCAACUGUUUAGAAAAUGAGUGUCUAAGGAAUUAAUACUUAAUGGCUGAACAUUAUGCAGACAGAGCAUACAGGACUAGAUAGAGCACUGGACCUGGAGUGAGGAAGACCUCGAGUUUGUAUCUUGCUACAGACAUUAGCUGGGGGAGCUUGGGCACAUCAGUUUCCUCAUUGGUGAAAAAAAGGCUCCUGUAAUGGCACAUAUCUCAUCUCACAGGGCUUAUUGCGAGCAUGAAACAAGAUAAUACAUUUGUGAAGAACUUUGUAAAUUAAAGUGUUAAAUAAAUCUUAAUUAUUUCAA